UGCCUUCAGCGCAGUCACGCCCCUUCCUUCUGAGGAGCUUUCAGGCUGCCCAAGCUGGUAGACCCCUUGAAUUCCUCCUCCGUCCCCGUUUUCUUUCGCCUCCUCUUUUCCCACUUCUCUUCUCCUGUCCUCCCACCUCGAGUCUGUCUCGCCUCCGAUCAUCCGCUGCUCCACCCUCCGGCCCGGUAUCCUGCCUGUCCACCGCCACAGAGGAGAGCCUGGCUGUAGUCUUGAGGAGAAGAGCCGUGGGGAGUUGGGGCUUGCCCCCCUGCCCAUCCCUGGCCACUGGCCCGGGACCAAAGCCACCUGAGCAAGCCGAGAGAGCCAUCACCUUGCCUUCAUUGCUUCCAGGGCCCUGCUAACAAGGAAAACAGAGAUUACAGAAGUGAAAGAGCUUUUGUCUACUUAGAGAAAGGCUGGGAAAGCAAAGAGUGACCAGUGGUUGGACACUUGACGGCGCUUACCCUGAACCUGAGUGUUAGGGGAGAGGGAAUCUGCCGUUGCGGUCUCUGGAGCUACUCCUAAGCAAGAAUUCCCUAUCCUGAUCAAGGCUUUAAGCCUAAAAGAAAGCAGAAAUAGGUCAAGGGCAGCCCAGGUGCCCAAUUUCUCUCUCUCUUCACAAGGCACCACCAGCAAUAGAGAUGAGAAAUUCUGAUGACCAACCAAGUGGAGGCACCACAGUGUUGCAACGUCUGCUACAAGAGCAGCUUCGCUUUGGCAAUCCUAAUGAGAAUCGCAACCUGCUGGCCAUACACCAACAAGCCACAGGGAAUGGUCUUCCUUUUUCCAGUGGCGGUGGGAACCCUGGUCCUCAGAAUGAUGUGCUGAGUCACCAAGAACACCACCAACAGCUUGUAGCUCAUGUCGCUCGACAAGAACCUCAAGGACAGGAAAUCCAGUCUGAAAAUAUCAUCAUGGAAAAGCAGCUCUCCCCUCGGAUGCAGAAUAAUGAAGAACUCCCAACCUAUGAAGAAGCCAAGGUUCAGUCUCAGUAUUUUCGGGGCCAACAACAUGCCAGUGUCGGAGCUGCCUUCUAUGUCACAGGAGUCACCAACCAGAAGAUGCGAACCGAGGGACGCCCAUCAGUUCAGCGACUCCAUCCUGGGAAGAUACACCAAGAUGAAGGACUUAGAGAUCUUAAGCAGGGGCAUGUCCGCUCCUUAAGUGAACGACUCAUGCAGAUGUCACUGGCCACCAGUGGGGUUAAGGCCCACCCACCUGUUACCAGCGCCCCCCUCUCCCCACCACAGCCCAGUGAUCUCUACAAGAAUCCUACCAGUUCCAGUGAAUUCUACAAGACCCAGGGGCCACCUCCCAACCAGCAUAGCCUGAAGGGCAUGGAACACCGAGGCCCCCCACCAGAGUACCCCUUCAAGGGCAUGCCUCCUCAGUCUGUAGUGUGCAAGCCCCAAGAGCCAGGCCACUACUAUAGUGAGCAUCGUCUGAACCAGCCAGGGAGAACAGAGGGGCAACUGAUGAGAUAUCAGCAUCCCCCUGAGUAUGGAGCAGCCAGGCCCUCACAGGAUAUCUCAUUGCCACUGUCCGCCAGAAACUCGCAGCCUCACAGCCCUACUUCUUCCCUUACAUCAGGUGGUUCCUUGUCUUUGCUGCAAUCUCCACCAUCCACUAGAUUGUCUCCUUUGGUCUCAACCCAAGGGGACCACUCAGCUCACCUGCCUAGGGCGCAGCAACAUUACCUUCCUAAUCAGCAGCAUCAGGGAGAUCACUACCGUCUAGCCCAGUCGGCUCUGAGUCAGCACCAGCACCAGCACCAGCACCACCACCACCACCACCACCAACAGCAGCAACAGCAUCAGCAUCAACAACAGCAACAGCAACAGCAACAGCCAGGAGAGGCCUAUUCCGCCAUGCCUCGGGCUCAGCAGUCAUCUGCUUCUUAUCAACCAAUGCCUGUGGACCCUUUUGCCAUUGUUUCUAGAGCCCAGCAAAUGGUGGAAAUCCUCUCGGAGGAGAACCGAAACUUGCGGCAGGAGUUGGAAGGAUGCUACGAGAAAGUGGCAAGACUGCAGAAGGUGGAAAGCGAAAUCCAGCGUAUCUCUGAGGCAUAUGAGAAUCUUGUGAAGUCAUCCUCCAAAAGGGAGGCUCUGGAAAAGGCUAUGAGAAACAAGCUCGAGGGGGAGAUUCGUAGGAUGCAUGACUUCAACAGGGAUCUAAGAGAACGUCUAGAGACUGCCAACAAGCAACUUGCGGAGAAAGAAUAUGAGGGGUCAGAGGAUACCAGAAAAACCAUCUCUCAGCUCUUUGCCAAAAAUAAAGAAAGUCAGCGGGAGAAGGAGAAGCUGGAAGCUGAGCUGAUCACUGUCCGUUCCGCCAAUGAGGACCAAAGGCGACACAUUGAAAUUCGAGACCAGGCCCUCAGCAACGCCCAAGCCAAGGUGGUAAAGCUGGAAGAAGAGCUGAACAAGAAACAGGUGUAUGUUGAUAAGGUGGAGAAAAUGCAGCAGGCCCUGGUGCAACUGCAGGCAGCAUGUGAAAAACGAGAGCAGCUGGAACACCGUCUUCGGACACGACUGGAGAGGGAACUGGAAUCCCUCAGAAUUCAGCAGCGCCAGGGCAUUGCUCAGCCCACCAACGUUUCCGAAUACAAUGCCGCUGCCCUGAUGGAGCUCCUUCGGGAGAAGGAGGAGCGGAUCCUGGCUCUGGAAGCUGACAUGACAAAGUGGGAACAGAAGUACUUGGAGGAGAAUGUCAUGAGACACUUUGCUCUGGAUGCUGCUGCAACUGUGGCUGCUCAGAGGGACACAACAAUCAUCAACCACUCUCCCAACACCAGCUAUGACACAGCCCUAGAAGUUCGCAUCCAAAAGGAGGAAGAAGAAAUCUUGAUGGCCAAUAAGCGUUGCCUUGACAUGGAGGGCAGGAUUAAGACGCUCCAUGCCCAGAUUAUCGAGAAGGAUGCCAUGAUCAAAGUACUUCAGCAGCGCUCCCGGAAGGAACCAAGUAAGACAGAGCAGUUGUCAUCCAUGCGGCCAGCCAAGUCCCUGAUGUCCAUCUCCAACGCUGGAUCAGGCUUGCUCUCCCACUCUCCUACCCUGACUGGCACCCCCAUCAUGGAAGAAAAGCGGGAUGACAAGAACUGGAAGGGGAGCCUAGGUAUUCUCCUGGGUGGAGACUACCGCGCUGAGUCUGUCCCUUCUACUCCCUCACCUGUGCCUCCCUCCACUCCCCUGCUUUCAGCUCACUCCAAAACUGGCAGCCGGGACUGCAGCACCCAAACUGAACGUGGAACGGAACCAAACAAAACUGCAGCUGUUGCUCCAAUCUCUGUUCCUGCUCCAGUUGCUGCUGCUGCCACUGCUGUCGCCAACACUGCCACCGCUGCCGCCACCGCCACCACCAUGGUAGCUGCUCCUCCAGUUGCUGUUGCUGCUGCUGCUGCUAAUGCUCCAGCUCCAGCUGCCGCUGCUCCUGCUAACCCAUCUUCAGCCAAUGCUCCUGCCGCCAUUUUCGCUGCUGCUUCGCCAGCUGCUGGUGGUCCCAUUCCAGUUUCUGUUUCCCCUGCUGCUGCUGCUGCUCUUGCUCCUGCUGCUGCUGCUGCUGCUCUUGCUCCUGUUCCUGCGGCAGCUCCUGCUGCUGUUGCUGCUGUUCAGGUUGCUUCAGCUGCCCCGGCUCCAGUUCCAGCUCCGGCUCCAGCUCCGGUUUCGGCUUCACCACCGGCUCAGGCUUCUGCUCCAGCUCAGACUCAGGCACCAACUCCAGCUCCGCCUGCAGCUCUUAUUCCAGCUCCAGCUUCAACUCCAGCUUUGGCUGCAGCUGAGGCUCCUGCAAGUCCAACUACCAGCUCCGGAUCAGGGCGUUUAUCCCUAUCGAGUUUGACCUACAAUCUAGACAAGACAGAUGGUCCUAUUUUCCGCUCCAGUCCUCUGGAAAGAAAAGCUGCCAUUCAAAUCCUGGGACAAGAGCCUGAUGCAGAGAUGGUGGAGUAUCUCAUCUGAAUGGGCAACUCAAGAGCUGCAGCUGAUCAGCAAGCAUGCUUCUAAUCAUUUUUGUCCUCUCCUUUUGUUUUUUCUUUCUGAGGGUGAGGACAAGGGGUGGGGGUGGGAAUGUUUUUUAAAGGGCCUUUCUUCUUCCUCUUCUUUGUUUGGAAACAUUGUAAUACUGAAGUAAUACUGUACAAACUCCAGGCUACACUGGCAUACUUAGAGAAUACCUCUAAACACAACUGAAUGCGAAUGUGAUGUGAAGUCUAUGGUUUAGAUUUAUACAAAUAUCAAGACUGUUCAUAUCUGGCUAGGCAGCAGUGUUUUCCAUGUGUUUAAAUUUGUUUAAAAUUUCUGUACACCAAUUGUUUUUUUCAUUGAAGAACACAGUAUGUGUUGAAGGCAGUUUGUAACGUGUGGUUCUGAAGGGAGAUGCUGGAAAGAAUGUGUGCAUUUACUGUUUUGUACAAUUCUCGUCUAGACUGCAUUGAGAGAAAGCUUUCUCACCUGGCUCGUGAAAAGCAAUCCUUUCAGGAGCUUUUGUUUGCUGGACAAAAAGUGGGGACUAUUGUGGUGUGGAAGGGUGCUGGAGCUAACUUUCCUUCCCAGUUUUUAAAAACUAUUUAGCCCCAAGGGAUGGUUUUCCUCUUUGUUUCCGUGGUGAUUUGGAAGUGAAUUCUUUUGGUUCCCUCCUAGAGUUUCAGAAGUUCAUGCAUCUGCUCUGGACUAAGUUAUGCUUCUUGGGCUAAUUAGCAUAUUGGUUUCAGAUGCUAGAAGAGAAAAUUAACCAGGAUGGAUGGACAACUCUCUCAUGGGGAGUUAAAGUGUCAGAGGCCUCGAUGGAGAAUUGCACGAGGUGCUGCUGUAUGUAGACUUUUGUGAUUGGUGUGUAGCCAUGAACCCAGACUGCUUGUCUUUCUGAAGAGCAAUCAGCCGAGUGUUUAUUUCUUCUACAGCAUAAAGUCACGGGCUGGGUCACCAGUCGGAAACUGCUAAUUAUUUGCAAUGAAGAAUGAUUUGUGUUGGCCGAGUCCAAUGCUUUGGCUCUCUGGUGACUACUUUGCAGUAACUCCUUUUGUUUUCUUGAAUUCGCAACUUAAGUCUUAAAAAGCCAUUUGACUGUCACCUCCAAGGGAAUAGCAUCAGAAACCCAAAAAGUCCUGUGCUCCGGUUGGAGGAGAGGUUCAAUGUAGCAGUGUCCUCACCUACCUCUUCUCCCUGACACUCGGUUCCAACUUGGAACACCUUUGGAAAGCAGCAGGGACCGGGCUGCCUCCAGCGACACACAGGGCUGCCCUGUUGCCAUAGGUCCUUGCCCUGUGUCUCUUCGCUGCCCUCUGUUCAGGUGACAAAUCCACAGAUGGUGUCAUUAAGAUCAAU